AUGGCGAUGUCCACGUUUCAGAAGGUGACCCUGGCCACCUGCCUCGUGCUCUGCGUCGCGCUGCUGCUGCCCAAGAUGCUGUUAUCGCGAGGAAGGAAGGAUGCUGGCGAGCGGCCGGAGGGUGCAGGUCGCUUCCCACCGAUGAUGCACCGUCAGAUGGCUACGGAGAGCCGAGGCCAGAGAGCCGCAGGGUCCAGCUUCUCCAGGGCCCACAACCCUGAGGCCAUAGCCAGGGCCAAGGGAGCAGGAACAGGGGCAGGAGCUGGAGGCAAAUCCAACCUGGCAGGACAGAUCAUCCCUGUGUACGGCUUCGGGAUCUUACUCUACAUCCUCUACAUACUGUUUAAGAUCACAUCUAAGGGGAACAGCAAGCCGUCAGAGGGCAGGUUUCCUUCAGUUCGGUCAGAGAACAUGAAGAGAAAGAUCACGGACUUUGAGCUGGCUCAGCUGCAGGAGAAGCUGAGGGAGACGGAGCUGGUGAUGGAGAAUAUUGUUUCCAACGCCCACCACAGCCCUGACAGGGUGAAGGGGGUGACAGCGGAUCAGGAGGAGAGUCUCCUGCAGCAGCUGACGGAGAUAACUCGGGUGAUGCGAGAGGGCCAGUUGGUGGAGGCAAUGGCUCCAGAGAAGAAGCCCCAGGACGACUGGGAAGAUGAUCCUGAGGAGUCUCAUCCAUACUGGGAACCCUCCCACUGCAGCUGUCAACACGGUGAGCAGCAGGACAGUCCACAGAGAGAGACCACUGAGGCUGACAGGAUUGAAGGUGAUGGGACCAACCUGGUGGAUAACCGUUCUGAGGAUGUUACAGGAGGAGCAGAGGCUGAGGAAGCAGAAGAUCCGAGCAAAGAUACUGAGAAACAGUCUGAUUUUACAGCAGCGAGCGAAGAAGAUGUGGGACCGCAGAGUGAUUUAGGAGUAAAUGAGCCCGAGGAAAGGCAUGAACACAAGGAGGGAGCGGAUCAAAUAGAUCUGGGCAUCCCAGAGGAGGACCUGCCCGGAGUUCUGAAGGAGCUGGAGUUCACGCUGAAGAUGACAACCAUGAUGGAGCAGGAGCGGAUAGAGGACCUCAACAGGCCCACAGAAAUGUCCUCCGGCUCUGUCAGACGGAGGAACAAGAGGAAGAGGGCAAAGAAAGCUGUGCACUGAUUCCAACAUGGAGAACAUAAACUUGAGCCUGGGCCUGGAUGUGAGGACAGAUUCUGUUUUUUAUGUCUGUUCUCAUCAGAAUAGCUGCAGCAUGAAAGUUGGUGAUAGCAUGAAAAUGAAUCACCAGCCUUGUUUAUCUUUACUUGAAGUGUAGAAAUGUGUGUACAGGGUGGUUUUUAUAGCAUUAAUAUAAGCUUUGUUAAUAUGCUACAAACUAUGAAGUCUUAAAACAUGGAUCUUAUUUAUACAAUGCUCACUAUCUAAUACAGUAAUACAAGUCUGAGUAAUGCAGAAGCUCAUCAGGGUUUUGACGUAACUUUGUGAUAACAUAAAAAUGUUCGCAGGACUUUUCCACAUCAAACCUUGAUUUCUAAUAGUCCGAAGAAGUGUUUUGAUCUGCCAGAGGUGUUGAGUUACUCUUUUUAUGUGUCAGCAGAUAAUCCAACCUUAUUCACAUUAAGUGCUUCAAUUAGAAGUAGUUUUAAAAUGUAGAAAUAAAGAGUAAACAAGUAGAAUCAGACAAAAAAAUGGGAACACUUAUGCAAUUGAUGGAUGAUGGGUUAUUAAUAUUUAGAAUACUGGAUUUCAAAGGGAUGGUUGUGCCUUUUCUCACCUUUGUCAGCCAUAAAACACUACAAAACCCAAUCAAACUGCUGUCAUGGCAAACUUCAUCUGAUUUUACAUCCAAGAUGAGAGUUUUUGGAGACUGGGCUCCGAGGAGCCCUUUCACACCCUUAGCGUUAACAGUUGAAGUAAAAAAGCUGUAUUUAAUUUAAGAAAAGGUGUCAAUACUUGUUGUACAUCAAUAGCUUCCUUCCUGUUCUCUGAUCAGUGCUGACAGAAAAAUCUCUUCUGUAACAGUCAUUUUAAGUUGCUGUCAGAAAAGCACAUCAGUGAUUGAAAUACUGUGAAUAAAUUAAAUACAUUUUUCUUCCAGUUUC